AUGGGUCGCCGUAAGCUCUCGGAACAAGAAAAGGCAGAAAGAGUCAUUCAGGAGCGGGAUCGAGGAAGACAACGCCGGUUGAAUGCCCGCCAAAACACCGAGACACACAACACUGAUAUCCGCCCUCACCACACAACCACACCCACGAGCAAUGCACCUAUAGAAAUUAUAUCCGAAGACCUGUUAGAUAGCGAAACGAUCUUGCGAACGGAUACCUCUCCACGACCGGAAGCGCCACUACGAUCGAUCGACGAGCAGGCAUCAUCACUAUCAUCAUGUCUCAACCCUAUUCGCGUCUCGGUCGCGUGUGGUGCAACACUUACCAGUGGGCAAAUCGCGACUGGACAAGACGAGGUGGAAGAGAUCCUCUCGGCAGUCGAAGCACCAGAGUCGCGUGCGUUUCCACAAUAUGAUGAUGAAGGAAAUUCUAUUAGACCUGGCCGUCCACAGAUAGACCCCGCCGUGUCGCCGCGUGAGCGAACGCGUGCCCGCGUCCAACGACGUCGCGACCAGCAGCACCUCACAAGGGCACAGCAGAUCGUCCAAUGGUUUGCCGACUCGCAAGAUCCCCCGCCUACCUUGGAGUUCUCUGCCUUGACCUUGCGCGAUGGCCCGGCCCCUUCGUCGGUUCCUGACGAGGCUGUGGAAGACGGCGAGGGCGAUGGCAGAUCGGAGAGCUUCGGCUUUGACAACGAUGUCGCGUUAGGUCCGACGUCCCCAACGCCUCCAGCACCUCCUGCCUCUACUCAGCGGGACAGUCAACCACCCCGGCGUAGAAGCUCUCUCCCGUCUACGCCGACCUUCCCGGUGUCGCCCGAUGCAGCUGCAGUAUCUUCUUCACUCGGUACAGACGAUCCAGUCCUCAGUGGCUUCCUCGAGGCAAUCCGCCAACAAGACACAGCCGGCGGCCCCGACUUUCUACUCGCACAGAGCGACGCGUAUGACCAGAUACUCCGGAAAUUCUUCAGCCAUCGAUGUGACUGUCCAGAACCACGCGCGCGUGAAGAGCCGGAACAUACCUCCACCCUUCCCGAAUACCAGAGCUUCCUCUCCGAGCCGCUGUCCUUCCGUAAGACACAGGCCUCGCUGUCCUUCCGCAAGACACAGGCCUCGCUGUCCCAAGACGCCGUGACCAUCGCGCGACAGUGGGAUGUCGACAGUGUCUGGUUCGGGGCUAGGAGCCUGUCAGCCAUCCGAGCCCCCAAUCAGUUUCGACUCUCCUUCUUCUCACCUCACACGAGUAACAUCUCCACCGCUCAAGUGAUACAGCCUCAUGGCCUGGACCUGGCACAUACGCGUCACACCACCAUCGGCACCUUCACCACCGCCGGCGUCCGCUUCUCCGUCUUGAUGUUCUUCCCUAGCGGAGCCCCUUCGCAAACACGAGCCUCCGCCAACAGCCUCUCCCUCGCACGAUUCAGGGAUCUCUAUGAUGAGAUCAUCCUCCCGGCCGUCCGCGAAACUGUCCCUAUCCACGUGCGACAGGAAAUCCCCGGUUCAUACGACCUGAUCUACGCGAAGUCGCGCGCCUAUCAGGAAAAGCCAGGUGCUGGUCGCUGGAGCGCCGAAGACGAGAGUCGAUCGUAUCGUCUGGCAUACGGCAUCCCAGCCAGUGUCCUCCCGCAGUUCUGGGCGGCAGUUGUGAGGAACGCGAAUCGGCAUCGGGUCCAGAGCAAGAAGGGGGACGCAGUUCCCUACUUCCAAAACCCCCGUCUCCUCUUUCAAGCCCACGAUCUGAAGAACAUGUUCGCGUCGGAGAGCCUUCAAGACAGCUUGGGUCUGUUUCGGGAUAGUAUAUUAGCUGGCCUCGACCCGAGCCAGAUCGACAUGCACUCUUGCUGGCUAGAUGUGGGCAUGCGAGAUCAUGUCCGCAUGCCGCCCACGUCGUCGAACAGCGAGAGCCAAAAUCACCAUCAUCACCAUGAACCGUGGACGCUUCUUUGGAAGAGCGACUGCUGCCGUCAUCUCCACGACCAGGUAGUCGGUGUAGCCCCAGAAGCUCCGAUGGAGGCCACUUACUAUCGGCCCUACCUCCUCCGGGACAUAGGCGGAUACUACGUGAGGGCGAAGUCGACUCGGAAAUCGAACCCUGGCCACCCAGAAGCCAGGUCACCCGGCGUCAUUCGGGCCAAGGCGUAUAACUGUAGCAAGGAGCUAUUCGGCGUCAUGUUCAGCGAUUACCAGCUCUUCAGCUCAGGUUUUCUGCCGCUUCUCGCCUUUGGCGAAGGGAUGCUGAAGGACCUGGCCGCCACGGAUCAAAGUCGCCAGCGUGCAUUUGUCUCGCAGCUCAGCCGCUCCCGCAUCCUGGAUGCGUGGGACGCUAAUAAGCGGCAUAUGAGAGCUGUCUCGUCGUUGAAGAGACAUUCCGACUUUGGAAUUCGGAAAGAGGUCACCCUCCGGCUCGAUGUCAUCUUAGCCAUGUGGGUUGGUGGUAGGCUAGAACCGAAUCAAAGCCCCCAUACGGGCCCAAUGUGCUGGGAAGUUCCUCUCGCUCCUCCUCCUUCUUCUUCGUCAUCAUCUUCAUCUUCGUCUUCUCCUUCCCCUCCCAUCGUCGGAGAGGAGCAGCAUUGGCCUUUCUGGGUGAUUCCGACCCAGAUGCUAACCGCAUUCGUGUCUGCACAAGCUGCCCGUUUUAUACUUCCGCUCGAUCACAUCUUCUCCGAGGUAACGAUGGCAUCAUCGUCGGCUGCUCAUUCAACUUCCUCGCCUGAUCCUGCUCGGCAGAUACUCUCAUUCUAUACCGCACAGCUCUUCUGUCGUCUCCUGAUUCAUGCUGUCAGCAGCGAGCGACAGUAUAACUUCGAUAACUGGAUAUGGAAACCAACCUGGCAGGUCAAGUGUCGCAGCCCUAGAAGCGGUCGUCGCAAGGAGCGGAGGGGUCUCGGUCUGGACGACUCUAUCCGCUCUUCCGGCACGCUCUGGAUCCCUCAUAGCCACUUCGAUUGUCAGAGAGGUCACAUCUCGCUCGAGCUGCUGGUGAACACCUACAUGUCUCGAAGCCCCCUUCAAGCUAAGCUAGCCCACCAGGCCAAUGUUCAAGCACUUGCCACGAACCAAGUGACCACCGAGUUACUGUUCCAACGGCUAGUUCGAAAUGCUCGGACAGAGUACGAUCGGGGGCGCAACCGGGACGCAGAGAUUCUUGCCGACCGUGCCGUCGCUCUUGCGGUGGAAGAGAUCGCCCGUGCUUAUCAUCAGCACUUCCUCGCCAAGCUGCACUCGUACUGGGAUCGACUCCGAGGUAAGAUCGGACGCCAGAAACUGCCGGUCCUGGAUCUGUUACAGCAAGCCCAGGAGGAAUCGGCAGCCGAGACUGGCCGUAUCCCCACUGCCCAGGCUGUUCACGGCAUCUACGCGGAGGCAUGGGACAAGUACCGUCAAGUUACAGCGGAUGAUGAUAGCGACGGCGACAUCAAUACAUCAUCAUCCUCAUUGCGAUCUACUCUGCCUGAGGAGCUGCCUUGUUGGAUGACUACUCGUCGGCGUCUACCUCCCAAGAACAGCUGGUCUGGCUUUCUCUUUGACCAGAUCUUCUGCCGCCCCAAGCCACCAACCUGGAAUGCACUCUUCUUUCUCCAGCUCUACCGAGGAUUCAAGGAGUUUUGGCAGGAUACAUGUGCGCCGUUGGGCCCUUUCGAUGGUCGCUUCAGCCGCCAGAUCGGGUACUAUAUCCAGAUUGCAUUCAACUGUGACCACACCAAGGAAGUCGGUACCAGUCAUGCUCAGGGCACCUGGUACCACGCCAAGCCACCCUUCUUCCAGAUCCAGUACUGGGCUCCUUAUUUCUCUCCACCCCGCGUGCAAGAAAAGACAUCUCUGUCGUCCCUCUACCGUCGCCGCGCUUACCCCAAAGGUCUCUCCCCUCGGUCCACUCCCUUGAUUCCAUCACCCCGGUAUUUUCACGACCUUGAAAGCAUCGUCUGCCCUUCGAACGCCGUAGCUCCAUCCUACGCCAUUGCAAAACGCGCGUUGUUCUAUGUCUCCUUUCUUGCCGGCCCGACUUGGGGUAUAGAUAAGGAUGUCAACUUUAUCGUCCCAUGGUCUUUCAACAAAACAUCCCAUGGUAGUAGCAACGAGUGUGACAUCUUCCAUGUGCCUGUGGCUGAAACACAUAUCUCGAAGACAAUUGUCGAGGAUACGGUAAGCCAGCCAACCAUCCUGCUGCCCACCCGCGAUACUAUCAUCGGUUUUCUCGAUGCUAUAGAGACUCUUACUGGUCACUCUUCAAGCAUUGCAGAACGUCUAUCGUGGACAAAACGUCGACUCAAUAAUCAGGGCGAUCAAUACGACCUCCGUAGUCAUCUCGCGGCCAGGCAUCGGGAAGUGGGGCCAUCGACAGAGAGCCAGUCCCUCCUGGAACGGUUCCUUCACCAACGUGAGCCACCGGAAUGGGAUGUCGAGCCUGUGGAUGAAGAGGAAGCCGAGGACACGGAGGAAACGGCGGAAGAAGACAACUCCUCUUCAGGAGAGGAUAAUGAUCUGGAAGAUGUUGGCCUGAAUGACUUAGGAUCGUAUAUUGGAUUUGUUGGCUAA